UGCCCGGGAGUUAACGCUUCGAAAUCGUUCGGGUCAUUACUGAGCGGCGUCAGCGGCCUGGAAUUCAAAACUGCCUCCGCCUGGGUCAAAAUCGUUGCCAUCUCGUCGUACAGAAGCGUGCGCGUGCCGAUCGUCCGUUUGAACAGCAGCUUGAACGAUUUGACUGCUGACUCCCACAGUCCACCGAAGUUCGGCGACCGAGCCGGGUUUUCUGUGUUUUCUUUUUGGUCCUUCGAGCCGGAUUUUCUGUGAAAAAGGACACUUGAGUGCGGUUCCGUGUUAAGAACCCGGCAAUCCCCAGUGCGGUGGGCGGUGUAGUGUCAACACUGACAAAACGGACAUUCAGUGCGCGAAAGCCGUCGGCAAUAAAUUUGCACGGCUCGGAAGAUUGCGGGCGGAGUGAAAUUCCCGCGGUGUUCAGUGUUCCCGUAGGAAAAAGUCUGGCGGUGCCAGUGAAAGUUUCCGGCGCCAUCGCUGCGCGGUACGUGGUGCAAUAAGCAGCCAGUGAACUGCGGCGCCAUCGCGAAGAAGAGUGCAUCUAGAAGGAGGACAUCUUGAGGGACGGACAACAGGACGAAACCAAGGCGCUUUCGUCGGAGCGAAGGAGCCCAGCGGAGAACGGACAUCUUCAAUUGGGAAGUAUUCUGUGCAUGUUGGGUGGAAAUUGCAUGUGGCUUUGGAGGCAAUAAAUGAUUAAAGUGCAUGAGAGUUGCUACUUAUUUUGGAGCAUAGCCCUGAGGUGUCCGCUUGUACUUUUUUGUCUCGGUGUUCGCUGGAUUUGUUGGCUUGUUUGGUCUACUCUGGUCGUUAUCCCCUCGCUGCUGUCUACUUGUCGAGCAGUCAAACUGUCUCUCGAGGUCGCGAAUUUGUGGAACGUCGAGUCGAUCGCGAGUGUUUUGGUGCAAGUGCAAGUGCUGUGCAGUGUCGAAUUUGAUUGAUUGCGUUUUACGCAGUUAAUCGCAGUGCAGUGCUGUGUUCAAAUAGUUAUCAAUGGCCGAUCUACGCGCCCUUGGUAAGAGUGAACGGCGUGUGUUGAAUACGUUGGAAGGAUUGGAGAAUUUCGCGCGAGGGUACGAUCCUAUCCAGGACGAAUCUCAAGUAGCAGUGCGCCUGGAAUCCCUAGAAGGAAUUUGCAAGGAGUUCUACGCGAUUCGGGAACGGAUUGAGCUGCUAACAGAUGAAACCGCUGAAGAUGAAGAUGACAAGGAUGUACGAGCGCGCGAAAAGGCCAACCUGGCGGCGCUUACCGAAUUCGAGGAGCGGUAUUUUCGCUUGAAGGCCAGUCUCACAUCGAAGCGAGCUCCCCCACCACCAAUCGCGACGACGUUCGGAAUCGGUCAACCUGGUGACCGGUCAGAAUCCUCCUUUUCAAAGGUGAAGCUACCAGAGAUUCGCCUUCCGUCGUUUGGUGGGAGGAUUAAGGAGUGGGUUCCGUUCCGAGACAGCUUUUGCAGCCUGAUCCAUGAGAACAAGCAACUCAACGACAUGGACAGGUUCAGCUAUUUGAAGUCGGCUCUUUCUGGAGAAGCGUUGCAAGAGAUCGAGUCUGUGGAGCUUUCAGCUGCAAACUACAGCGUGGCGUGGAAGGCGCUGGAAUCCCGCUACGAGAACAAAAAACUCAUAGUGAAGGCCCACCUCGAUGCUCUGUUUGCCGUGGAAGGCAUGAAGCGCGAAAGUUACGACGGCUUGAGCAACCUCAUCAGCGGGUUCGAGAAAAACCUCCAGAUGCUGCAGAAGAUUGGAGAAGACACCGCUGCGUGGAGCACAGUUCUGGCUUACAUGGUGUAUUCCCGGCUGGAUCCUGCCACGCUACGGCAGUGGGAAACGCACCACAACUCCAAGGACGUGCCAACGUACCAGAACAUGAUCGCUUUUCUUCGCAGCCAUUGUGCAGUACUGCAAUCCAUCGCUCCCGUGAGUUCGAAGCCGAGCGGUUCCGACUAUCGCUCAUCGAAGCCAUCCGUGUGCCAUACCACCGUCAAACCGUCGAGGAAGUGCCCAUUCUGCGGAGAUUCGUGGCAUCCCGCUUUCGUCUGUGGAAAGUUCCAGCGGUUGCAGAUUGCGGAGCGGCUAGAAGUUGUUUCGAAGGCAAGGCUGUGCCGAAACUGUCUCAGCCUUGGCCAUUGGGCCCGAUACUGCGACAAGGGAACCUGUCGUCACUGCCAGCAGAAGCACCACACUCUUCUGCAUGGAGCACCAAUCCGAUCCUCCGUUCCACAAUCGCAGUCAAACCCUCCGACACAAACCAGACAACAGCCACAAUCCUCGCAACCAAGACCGAACCCGAGACCACAGACAUCAAACGCUAGCAACACUACACCCAGCAACUCUCAACGACCUAGCACUCAGUCACCAGCCACCAACACUGCCACAUCCACCACUCAAACACACAUUGCACUCCCAAUUACUCCCACACACAACAUUCUGCUCUCCACCGCCCUUGUGAGGGUCCAGGAUCGUCACGGCAAUACCAUGCUAGCACGAGCCCUGCUGGAUUCGUGUUCCCAGCAUUGCCUGAUGACGAAAGAGUUCUCCAGCAGAAUGCAUUUCCACGCGUCGCCAUCACUUCUCUCCGUUCAAGGGAUCGGUUCGUCGAUCAGCACGUCGACGAAACUCGUCAGCGCUGUAGUUCGGCCAAGGUUGGAGGACAUGUCGGCUUUCUCGCAAGAGAUGCAUUUCAACGUUCUCCCGCGGCUGACUGUUUCGCUACCGACAGCCAGUUGUAGCAUCAGCGGAUGGAACCUUCCCGAAGCAGCCUUCCUCGCCGAUCCGCGUUUCCACGAGCCAGGACCGGUAGACAUCAUAAUCGGAGCAGAGUAUUACAUGGACCUGCUUCAAAGCGAGCGACACAAGGCGACUGAAGAUGGACCUACGCUACAGAAUACUGAGUUUGGCUGGAUCGUCUCCGGCAAGAUACCCGAUCACCCUGUCGGUGGAUCGCCAUCCUUGACUUUCGUCUGCUCCACGAACGAUCUUCAAGAACAGCUCACGAAGUUCUGGGACCUAGAAACCUGUCGAAGUCACAGUACGCAGUCACUGGAAGAGUCAGCUUGCGAGGCGUAUUUCAACCGGACAACCAUACGAGACGAGGCUGGCAGAUUCAUUGUGACCCUGCCGAAGAAGGAGAGUGUAAUCAGUCGACUAGGUUAUUCCGAGACAACAGCGAUCAAGCGACUGAUGGGAAUGGAAAGACGAUUCGCAGCUAAUCCCGAGCUGAAAGCGAUGUACGCCGAGUUCAUUCGCGAAUACCUCGAGCUAGGGCACAUGAAGGAAGUGGAACAAGAUGCUGGAGAAGAAGUCAGGAGGUACUUUCUGCCGCACCACGCAGUUCUGAAACCGGACAGCACGACCACGAAGCUGCGAGUGGUUUUUGAUGCUUCGUGCCAGACGUCGACCGGUGUUUCCUUGAACGAUGCGUUGAUGGUUGGUCCCGUCGUGCAGGAUGACCUAUCCAGUAUCUGUCUACGGUUCCGAACACACCGCAUAGCCGUGAACGCCGACAUUGCCAAGAUGUACCGUAUGAUCCGAGUCCAGCACCGCACUAUCAACCCAAAUUCAACGAAGCGUUCAUCCAGUAGGAGAGUGAGAGGGACAUCGGUACCGUCCGGUACCCGCGGAGGCCCGUUGGCCUCCGUUCCAGGGAAGUCGUUUUGUAGUGUGAUUAUCAAGAUGAAAAAGCACCCUCUCAUCUCUUUCAGCGUUUAUAUUUCACCAUCUUCACCAACAAUCAAUGUUCCGACGGCAUCCCGCCGUUUUAGCGCGACAAUCCGUCGUCGCAGUUCGACAGCCAUCCGUUCCGCCAUCGAUUCCGAUAACACCGUCCAGGGCGACAUUCCGUCGUCGCAGUCCAGCCAGGAUCGAUUGAAACUCCGUCAGCGUGGCCAUCAUGAGCGUACAGAUAGCAGAAGCAAAGCCUGAAAGAAUCCGUGAAUUACUCGUCCAGCAGGAUCAAUCAUCCCGAUGCGGAGAAGAUCUGUCACCAGUGCCACCCGGCACGCACGGAGGCCAGAUUGGCCUCCGUUCCAGGCAAGUCGCUUUAAUUUUUGAUUAUAAAGGUAAAAAAGCACCCUUUCAUCUUUUUCAGCGACUUGACCUGCGGCGAGCAGCAGACAACCCGAUCGGCGUAUACGUCCUUCGUGUCCGUGAGAUCAGCAGCAUAAGUACCGGUACAUA